CUGAGGACAUACAACUUCAAGGGAUGGAAAUAUUGUCAUCGUCACACAGUGAGAUUAUUCUGCAGAUGUGGGCAUGCGCACUGCAUCGGUUCUACGGGGGACGGGAAGACAUCACGGAAAAAACUCGCUGUACCCGAACCCCACGCUGAAAUUCAUUCUUGGUUGCAGUGUAGCACGACUACCGACUACCAUGUUUGAUACACUGUUGAAGUCAGGGACUACUUGACACCCUGGCGAUUUAAGUCGCCGCAAAACCGUAUAAAAUACCGUAUGGGAACAGUAUGCGGGAAAUGGUUGGAGGUUGCUGCGUGUGUUCCGAUGAGCGAGGCUGGGCUGAAAAUCCUCUUGUAUACUGUGAUGGGCACGGGUGCAGCGUCGCUGUUCACCAGGCGUGCUAUGGUAUUGUCCAGGUGCCCACUGGCCCGUGGUUCUGUCGAAAAUGUGAGUCUCAGGAGAGAGCUGCCAGAGUGAGAUGUGAGCUGUGCCCUCACAAAGAUGGCGCCCUCAAGAGGACAGACAGUGGAGGCUGGGCCCAUGUGGUUUGUGCACUCUAUAUUCCCGAGGUGCAGUUCGCCAACGUUCUCACCAUGGAGCCUAUCGUACUACAGUACGUCCCUCACGACAGAUACAUCAAGACGUGUUAUAUCUGUGAGGACCAUGGGCGAGAGAGCAAGGCUGCUUGUGGCGCCUGCAUGACGUGCAACCACCAGGGCUGUCGACAAGCCUUCCACGUCACCUGUGCUCAGAUGGCUGGCCUGCUGUGUGAGGAGGAGGGCCCUGAGGCUGACAACGUCAAGUACUGUGGCUACUGCAAGCACCACUACAUCAAGAUGCAGAGGAAGAUGCGCUCCAGUGGAGAGAACACAGAACGCAGCUCCUUCGGCCACUCCAGGGGGCGCUCCACGUCCCCCGCCCAGGACAAACACGGGUCCCACCACCACAGGCUCAGGAAGAGUCACAAGGACAAGGUGAGGCUAAAGGAGCGGCAUAAAAAGUCCUCUGAUGGUCUGGGGUCCUCACUGACCAGCAGCAUGGACAAGUUGUCGUCGGGUCACCACAGCAACAAGGACAGCGAGGGGAAUUCGAAGAGGUUGAGCUCUCACGGCCAGCUGGGACAUCGCAGUAAGAAGACAGGAAGCAUUGGCAAGAGCUGCUCCUCUUCCUCUUGCUCCUCCAGUCCCUUCAACACUGGUGGCGGCUCCCAAGACUUCCUCCCGUUCUCCUCUACCUCUCGUUUGGAGCGCGACCCCGACCGAGGAGCGGACGAGCACGGCGCCGAGGAGCCCCGGGACGAGCGGACCAGACGGACAGCGCCUGAGGAAGAUGACGAGGAAGAGGAGGAGGAAAAGGAAGAAGAGAAAGAAGAGGAGGAGGAAUUAGACAAUAGUAAAUACCACAACAAGGCCUCUCUGCAGCCCCCGGCCCUGACCCCGGUUGACGGACCUCACGGAGGGUCGUCGCAGGGUCCCGAGAGGUCAGAGGGCGAGGCCAACUCUUUCGAGACCAAGGUCACCAUCUCCACCUUCGGCUCCAUCAUGCGCAUCACUUCCUCCUCGGGUGGGCUAGGCGGCGGCAGCAGCAAGCUCCGCAAAAUCACUUCCUCCUCCUCGGGGGACUACAAGCUUUCCAAGUCGCUUCUCAAGUCCCCGCACCUAGCCACGCCCCCUAUACUGGAGGAGGCCAACCUAGAGGAGGACAAGGCCACGCCCCCACCACCGCUGCCAACACACCGGGAGAGGAGGCACCGUGGCAACAAGAAGAGCCGGCACGGACCGGGGCGCCCGCGGGGGAGCAAGAACCGGGAGCGGACGGAGAGGCGAGAGGAGGAGUACCGUCAGCACCAUCACCACACGGCUCCUGCUCCACCUCCUUCCCUAACCUCCUCCUCCACCUCGUCCUCCUCGCUCUUCCCCAGCUCCUCCUCCCUCCCCCACACAGCGUACUCCUCCACCCUGCCCACCUCCUCCCUCUCCUCCUCCCCCUUCCCCUCCACUUCCUCUAGCGUCAGUUUCUCCACAGGCCGCGGCAAUACGCUGCUCGGCUCCGGAAUCCACACCGGUCACAAGGACCCUCUGUCUUUGAGUGGGGGUGUCUGUAACACCCCUCUGUCGUUGGGCGGAGGCAUAUGUAGCACCGCUCUCUCAUCAGGACUCCUGCCAUCUCACGUCUCCACGCUGUCACUUCAACCAGUCAACUCUGCCCUCAACACACAGGUGGACCCAUGUUCCAGCUCUUCCUACAGCCUCAGCUCCUCUCAGCCGUUUGGCAGGGUCCUUUCUACUGCCCGUAGUACACUGCCCUCACUACUGAGCCAAGCCCAGACCUCACUUCAAGAUGACGACUGUCGCUUCCCAUGUCACGACAACUCGCCACGAGAGAGCCUCCUCACAUACUAUUCUCUCUUACUGUCACUAUCAAUACUAUUUCUCUCUCACUGUCAUGAUCAGUACUAUUCUCUCUUACUGUCACUAUCAAUACUAUUCUCUCUCACUGUCAUGAUCAGUACUAUUCUCUCAUACUGUCACUUUUACUUUUGUAUACUUUAUUAUUCUGUCUCUUGUGUACCAAUGUUAUUCCAUUUCAAUCUGUCUCUGUUCUCUGUAGCCAUAUCCCCGUUCAUUUACCACUGUUAUUCUCUCAGGUCUCCUAUGAGCUGUCUGCCUCUACUGUUUGACCAGAGGGAGGGUGUGGGCCCUGGGGUCAGAGGUCGUCCUGAAAACGUCCCUCCAUCCAGCUCCCACAUAGAGCUCCUCCUGGAGAAGCAUGGCAACGGAGAGAUGGGUGCCAACAUUGUAGAGAUGCUCCAGUCCCUCCACUCGCUGCAGCAGGAGAACCAGCGUCUCCAGGACCAGAUUCUCAGCCUGACGGCCAAGAAGGAGCGGCUGCAGCUGCUCAACGUGGAGCUGGCCUGUCCCUUCCCCCCGCAGGUCCACCACUCCCACCACUCCGCCCAGGGCCUAGUGCCCACCACCACCCACAUCAGCUUCCUCUCCUCCGCACACGACCCCCUCAGCACCAAUAAGAGUCACCUGUCUAAAAGCUGCUUCCUGAAUGACACCUCCUUCAUCAUCUCAUCCGAGGAGCUCCACUCUGGUAGUCCCUCCCGCAGUAGCUCCUCCCUCUCCUUCCAGAGCACUCCGCCCCCACAGCAGAGUCCUGCCUCCUUCGGCCAGCCCUUGCUGAACGGGCUGGGUGGGCGGGGUUUGACUGACAGCCUGGGGGGCCUCAGUCAGGCCAGCAGUUCCAUGGUGGGCGGGCUCAUGGCCUCCCUAGCAGGAAGUCCCCAGCUGAACAUGAACGGCGUGCUGGGCAGCCUGAACGGGGUGAUCCAGUCACCUGUCCAGAACGGCCCCCAGCCCACCCUGCCGGCCCUGCGGCCCCAGCCUCCUCCUUUGGGCCCCCAGGCACUGGCACAGGGCCUGCAGCUCCCCAAGAGCAUGAGUCCGUCUUCCCUCCUGUCUGAACAGCAGAAGCAGCUCCUUCUCCAGCAGCACUUCACUCCAGAGCAGCAGUUGGUGGUCUAUCAGAUGCUGCAGCAGCAGCGGCAGAGGGAGCUACAGCGCCUCACACUGACCGGGGCCCUCACCUCCACCCCCACUGCCCAGUCCCCCAACCUGGGGGCCUCGCCCCUGCAGGGUGGCCAGGGAAACCCCCUCUUCAGCCUGCAGGAGAAUGCACUUCACAAGUCCGGGGUGAGUGCCGAUAUGCAGUUGUUCGAGACUCUUUAUUUGAAUAGGCCAUUGUAUAUGUCAAUUCUUGAUCAACUGAAGCUUUAAAGAAUAAACUUCUUUCUAGGAGGUUGACUUGCUUUGUAAUGCUGUCAAACCUGAGGAUAUAAUGUGGAUAAAUGUAUGUGUGGGCCAAACAUCUAAACUCACAGGUCAGUUUUAAAUGUGUUUAAUUUCAGGGGGUGGGAGAGAAGGGCGGAGACAAGAAUGGCUGAUAUGUUAUCUUCGUGUCUGAACUGUUGCGGCUAUAACAGCAGCUAUAACAGGGGAAAGGAAAGUAAUCAAGCUGUUCCAUCAGAAACUAAUGUCACCUUUAAUCUCCAUCUGAAAGACUCUUGAACUCUUUGUCUUCUAUCAUCUCUAUCUUUCCCCCUCUUUUAUGAAUGUAUAAUGGGAUCGAUUUAAACGGUUAUGUUUUAUUUUUUAUGCAUUGAAUUACUUUUAUUUGAGGAUGUUCUUUUCUUCUAGGUCUGUAUGUGUGUAGGCAGCUUUCAGAGAGCAUGAAUACAGUGGUCUGUAAUUGAAUUGCACUAAUCUGUUAACUAGACCAAUUGGGUUCGCUCUUGUAGCAAGAGCCAGAGAUUCUGGUGUCCUGACGGUAAAUGUGGAGAGUAUUGGGGUCCAGCAUAGAAAUUGGACUCUGGUGAUCAAUUCCAAAUCAACCCCUAGCCGCUACUCUCAAGGCACUUCCUGAGAUCUGAAAUGAUUAGAUGGGCGUAAACAAUAUGAUGACUAUUCCACCUAGCCAAUCAGAAGACAAGGUAAAUCAAUGACCUUAUAACUUUAAACCUAUCCAAUCCUUUUAGAUCUACUGGAGUGCCUAUGGGUAGGGCUAAGUGUCGACUUGGAAUUUGGGUGUGAGUGUUUUGGGCCAAAGUGUCCUUAGGCCAUAACUUUACUGAAGCACUGACCCUCCACUUAAGCAAUUAUACCCCUGUGGAACCAAUGUAUCCCUCCAAACAUCCUUGUUGAGGACAAUCUGUCUGACACCUCUCUAAACAUCAACUGUCUUCCUCAAGGUCUGUCUUCCUUUCGUUGUCUUCCCUCCCAUAUAUUGUACAACUAUGAUAUUCCUAUUUUAUCCUAUUAAAUGUCACAGCUACAGGCUGGCAUCAAAUGAUCUGGGGACUGGCAUCGACUGUGUAGAGUGCAAACUAUGCCUCAGUCCACCCGUGAGAAUUUAGAGAGAAUGUAUGAUGUUCAAUAUGUGUGCCGCUGCCAAGAUUAAUCAAACGAAACCAAACAUUUGAAAAUUGUCCCAAGUAAAUAUGUAAGAAAUUCAUAUUUUUGUUUCCUCAACCCAUGUGUACUCUGCUGAUAUAGAACCCAAUAAGGGACAUUUGGAUACUUGGAACUGAUAAGUUAGUGAUUGAUUAUUUUGCACUCUAUCCUGAAGUGUUAGUGUUUUCUUAUUUGUUUCUGUUGUACAUAUUGUUCUGUUGAUGCCCGGAAAACUAGUUGUUCUUUUAGCAAUACUGUAUAGUUGUCAAUGCCUUAAAAUAACGCUAGAAUUACUGAGGAAAAUUAACUGACACUUAACAGCCAAAAGGCAGCUUCUUUUGUCUUAUUCAUUUCUUAAUCUAGUUUUUGUUCUGGUUACAAUUACCGUUAUUUCAGAUUUAGGCGAAAGCACUCUUUUCAAUCUUACCAUUUAUACUAUUGAUAGGCAACGGUGAUCAUGUCAACAAUUGUAAAAUGAAAAUAUGUUUAUCGGUAGGUCUCAAAUCAUCUGUAAUUGUGUCUUAAGAUGCUGCUCGUUGUUCUGUUUCUUAGAAGAACUAACAAGCAACAUCCCAUGUUAGAUGGUAUCACUUUACUUGGUCGUAAGAUCUAUAAAAGGCUGUCAUAGUAAUGACAUAGCAGUCAUGGUAUUUGUGACUAUGUUCUUAUACAAUUGUGACUCAAACUCUUAUUGGUUUCAUCAGGUCAGUGUUGAUUCAAUUGUCAUCAGGUGACUUCAUCUGUUAUGAUACGACUGCCUAUGACAUGUGUUACGUCAUUCUAAUAACACUACUAUGUACAGGAUGUCUUACUACUGAGAUCAUGAUGUCAAGUUAGAAAUGUUAGCAUUCAGAACACAUAGGCAACUCGGGAACUCUGAUAUGUAAUUUUUUUUUUUUUUUACUGCCUGCUGCAUCUACUUUCUUGUGUGGCACAUAAUAACAGGUCCUUCUGUGCUGGGAUCAAGCUAAUCUAUUAACAUUGCCCAUUCUCCCAGGUCUUUUAACUCACUGUUCGACUGGAAUAAUAUUUUUCCUUUGUGGUGUUCGUUACUCAUCUUAUUUGAUCAUUUCCUCAUUUAGCUAAGGUCAAAGAUCAUUUCCAAAUGUGUGUUAGUUUUCUGUUUGCAACCUCGAUAUUGACCUCCCGUACAUGUGAUAUCGGUAAGUAUUAGAUCUGUUCUGUUUUUGUUGUUAGUUGUCAGUGAGGAACUUUCAAGCGACUAUGUUAGUUGGCAAAAUACUGUAGCAACAAGACUAUAGGAGAAUGUUAACGUUGAUAACACAUGAGCCUAUUCCUCCAUAUUGACAGGACUUCCAAAGGAGGUCUGCGGUUGAACAAGUACGUCCUUAUGAGUUGUUGUACGAUUAAGGUAAAAAUCUAGGAAAGAACAUGUCGAAGAGGUUGUUUUGACUGAAAGAGUACCGCGAAGGAAUCUUGAAAGGGAAUCUUUCCCAUGUUGCACUGGGGCGAUUUGGCCCAAUAAAUGUACAUCUUUUUUUUUAUAUAUAUAUACUUUUGUUGUUUUUUUAUUGUUUGAGUGCAAAUUGUAUACUUAAAUGUGUUUGUGUAUAGACACAUUCAUUUUCUAAGCUUUGAAGUUUGGGUAACCAAGAUAAUCCAUGGUAUUAUGUACGUAUGCUGUUAUGUGUAUCUGUUAUGUAUUACAUCAUAUUUAAGCACCUCUCUCAAUGAAGUUUGAUGAAAAUGGAACUAACUUCUUGGGACAUAAAAUGCAUGAAAUGCAGUUAAGUCUCGCAAAUCAGUAGCUAAAUACCAAGUUUGACUACACAUAGUUUUUAAAUGCAUUGUUCUCAAAAAAUGUUUUAUGAAUUUUAAAUUGAGCACUGCAUUUAAUAAAAGACAAGCAUUGUUGUCAAUGUACAGUGUAUUUGUUUGAAAGAAUUAAUCAACAAUGAAUUUGCCAAUAUUCAGAUUUAAUGCCCUGUAAAGUAUUUUGAUAUUUUUGUGUAAAAAUUAAAAAGGCGACAAUUAAGACGACUGAACUUUUACUGUCAAUAAAUGUAUUUUACUGAG